AUGUCUCAGAGGCAUGCUUCGAGAACUCCAUCCUAUUCUGCAUCCCCAGCCUUUCAACAGCAUAAAUUGGAGUCGACGUCACUUUCUUCAUUGCGCCACCUCUUUCCUCCCCCACUCUCUUAUUCCCAAUUCCUCGUCAUUCUACUUAUCAAUGUCACUACUCAUUCAACAUGCACACAAUCUAUCCGCCACUUUCUUUCCCCUCGAAAUGUCUUCCCUAGGUGUCCUCACGUCUUUUUCAUGUCGCAAAUCUCAGAAUCCGAUCUCCGUGCGAGUUCUCCCAAGGCCACAAAUGGGCUCACUGGAUAUACCUGCACAAACUGCGGUCAGUUUGCCAAGUUUAGGAUCUGCCAGAGCAAUGCGAAAGGGAACAGGGGGCGCCUUAUAGCAACGUGCCACCUUGCGAAUGAACAAGGCGAACCCUGCCAGUUCUUUCGCUGGGCCCCAGGUUCAAGCAAAUCACCUAGCGCAUCGCCUCCUACACUCGCCACCCCCACUCUUCCUUCCAUCCCUGUUGCUGCCACCUACACCUCUGCCCCUGCUCCCGUUACCACCACUUCCAGUGGUCCGAAUCCCUCAAAGUGCCCUAUUCAAGGUUGCGGGCAGACGCGCCUCGCGGAUGACUGUACGCGCCGGUUCUGUCGCAAGCACUGCCUCGACGCAGGUGGUUGCAGCUCCAAGACGCACAGGAAAGUUGGACAGGCUUCUCUCCCUCUUCCCUCCGACCCCUCUACUACAACCCCGUUGCCCGUUGCUGAGAGAUAUGGCUCACAAACUCAGCCACCAUCCACGGCAAUUGUUGCCAACGACAUCUCCUCUCAACCCCUCGACGCACGGCCCGACGCACGCUUCGCAUCACACCUCCUUCCCAUUUACGUCGAGUCGUUGGCACGCGAGCAAGCGCUCGAGCUCUCCAAGAGCAAACUUGAUGCCGAACGCAUCGCUAGCGCCAAGCAAGCUGUACAAAAGGUUACUGUACAUGCUUGGAGGCCUGAUAAUGCUGAACCCGAAAGCUGUCAAUUACAAAAAGGGUUUACAUGGCCCUUCUUGAAGCUGUCGUCGGCCGCUCUCUCUCUUGUCGGGCUUCAAGCAUCAGUGGAGUCUAGGACUUUGCAGAUGUAUGAUGAGUCGGAGGGAUAUUGGUUGACGGUCGGCGUGGAUCAUAUCAUUGAGGUUCACGAGGGUCAGCACGUCUUUCUCAGGGACCGUUCGGUGCGCAAAUGUGAACGAUUUGACGAACUCUUCAAUCAAGUCUCCCGCCCCCACCUCCGCAACAACCUUCCUCAAGAACGCGCUUAUGUCCGUAAUGCAUGGAGGUCUCUUAUCCCUGCCGAUGGCUCGUCGUCACCUCAGAAGCGCAAGGCGGCAUCCCCACCCAACCUUCUCCCACACGCUGUCAAACGUGAGCGUUCAUGCUCAAUGUUGCCUGAAUCUAUCUCUCCACUGUCACCAUCCCUGCCUAGUGCCUCGUCGUCAUUCCUUCCCUCACAAACAUCACCGACAUCAGCUGCUGGCUUGGUAGAUGAUCCCAUUGAGUUGAGUGACGGCGAAGAGAAGAAGUGGCCGAGGGACUAUUUUGUCUGUGACGUUGCGCGCUGCUUUCGUGAUGCCAAGACUUCUGUCCGUGGGCGUCGCGCUCGUACUGCCGCCAUUAUCUUUCGUGAACAUUUCCCCGGCCUCGCCUUCCACUCAUCUACCUUCUCCGACAAUAAAGCCAUCUGGAGACAAGCACCACAACACCUUAAGCACCACUACCUGUGUGCUAGCAGAAAGGAAGCAGGGUACUGGUACAAGUUUGCUGCAGAGGUUAAGGAACAUAUGAGGGCGCAGGCCUCGUCGUCAUUAGAUGUAGUUGAGCUUAGCGAUUGA